AUGAAGGACAGCCACUGUCCGACUCCACUAUCUUAUGCUGCGGAGAAUGGACAUGCGUUAACAGUGCAAUCACUGCUUGAAUCAGAUAGCAUUGAUCUGGAUUCUGUGAAUGUGAGAAAUCGCACGCCUCUGUACUGGGCUGCAGAACAUGGGCGCCAGGAGACCACACAGCUACUCCUAUGUGCUGGUGCCAGAAUAGACAUCCAAGACAACAUGGGAUGCACGCCGUUGAUAAACGCAGCAGCUAAUAGAUGUGAUACUGUGGUAAAGACGUUUCUGGAAAUUGGAGAGGUUCGUCUACAUACAAAGGAUAUUUACGGCCAGACACCAUUGUCUCUUGCUGCCGUUUUGGGACAUGAUACAGCAGAGCAGCUAUUGCUUAAUCAACCGUACAUUGACCUUGACUCCAGGAGCAUCAAUGGAUACACAUCGCUAUCGCUCGCCGCAGCUGGCGGCUAUAAGUCUGUAGUACAGUUGUUGCUCGCUGCGAACGGUGUUGAUCUGGACUCAAGGGACAUCAAUGGCGCCACUCCGUUGUCACGGGCUGCAGCUAACGGAUGCAAAGAAGUGGUCCAGCUUUUGAUAAACACUGACAGAGUCAAUAAUGACUCUAGAGAAGUCAAAGGACUUACGCCAUUAUACUGUGCUGCUAUCAACGGACAUGCAUCAGUGGUGCGGAUGCUUCUUGAUGCGGAUGAUGUUGACCCAGAGGCGAAGGACAUUCAUGACCAAACAGCUUAUACGAGCCGCAGCCAAGGGACAUACAAAUGUGCUUCAGAUUUUGCAAUCUUCAACUCGUGUCACUGUAUAGUCUUCACCGAUCCGCGGAGUCCUUGA